AUGGAAAUGGAAGGCAAUCAGACAUUAGUUACUGAUUUUGUCUUGGUUGGGUUUACAACAGACCCAUUUCUACGCAUAAUCUUCUUUGUGCUGUUCUUGGUCUCCUACACCCUGACACUGACUGGGAACCUGGGCCUCAUGGCACUGAUCUACCUAGACUCCCAUUUGCACACACCCAUGUACUUCUUUGUGGGCAAUCUGUCCUUUCUGGAUGUCUGGUACUCCUCAGUCUACACUCCUCGGAUCUUGUCUGACUGUAUGUCCAAGAACCAGCACAUGUCCCUUGCUGGUUGUGCAGCCCAGUUCUUCUUUUCUGCCACAUUAAGCUUCAGUGAAUGCUUCCUACUGGCCUUCAUGGCCUAUGACCGCUUUGUGGCCAUCUGCAACCCACUCCUUUACACCACUGCCAUGCCCAAGAAGCUCUGUGUCCAGCUGGUGCUAGGAGCUUAUGCAGCUGGCUUUGCCAGUGCCAUUGCACACACUGGUAACACUUUCCGCCUACGCUUCUGUGGGAACAAUGUCAUCAACCACUACUUUUGUGAUGUGGCACCACUUGUGAAGAUGGCCUGUGAUGACACACGCGUAUAUGAAGUCAUACUGACUGCUGUUGUUGGGUGUAACAUUUUAGCAACUACAGCUCUCAUUGUGAGUUCCUACAUUGGGAUUGUGGCAGCCAUAGUCCGUAUCCGUUCAGUUGCAGGAAGACGCAAAGCCUUCUUCACUUGUUCAGCUCAUCUGGUCUCUGUUUCUCUCUACUAUGGUUCCAUUCUUAUCAUGUAUUCCACACCCAACUCUCUACACACUCCAAACUGGGACAAGGCAAAUGCAUUGUUCUAUACAGUAGUCAAUCCGCUGGUCAACCCUUUCAUUUACAGCUUACGCAACAAAGAUGUAAAGGCAGCUUUCAAGAACGUCUGGGGGAGAUUUCUAGCACACAAAUAA